AUGUUCAGUUCCGCUCCUCUGCUCGCGCGAGCUGCCGUGCGCCCGGCGCUCGCCACCGUUCCCUCGACUCCCUCCCGCGUGCUCAGCCUGUACACCUGCGCCCCGUUGAUGCGCAGGCCUGCGGUUCCCUCCAAGUUACUCUUGAGCAUGGUCGGUGGGCCACGCGGAGUCUUCCAAACGCGUUCUCACACCACUGGACCUGCGAGCCCGCCUCCUCCUCCUCCUUCGUCCCCUCCUCCUCCGCUCCAUUCGUCCAGUUCUUCGAGGCAGAGCUCGGGUAGACACUACUCAUGGUCGGGUAUUGCCAAAGAAGCUUUUGAAUGGCUCUUCUUGCUGUGGGCGUUAGGAGUAUGGUUCAGUCUGCUCGAUCUCUGGAGGGGCUACAUCCAAGCGACCCGCGAUGCGUACACCUUCAUUGCCUCCGUCUUUUACCGCGGCUGGGACUGGCUCCUCGGGUCAAAGACGACGCUGCGAGUCCUGGAACGCACGCACGCCAGGCUGCAGCAGCGGCACGAGAAGACGAACAAGGAGCUCAAGGUCCUGCGCAGCACGCUCGAGGAGAUCACGCGCGUUGCGACGAAGGUCGACGCACUCGAGAAGGAGCAUGAGGAGAUGGGCAAGGAGCUGCAGGCUGUUGCAGCUUUGAGCAAGGAUGCGACGACAUUGGUGUCCAGGGUGACCGAAGCGAAGGACAGUACUGACAAGGAACCGCAGCCGGCAACUCACGACACCGUUGCUACACUUGCUGCGCUCGUCGAGUCGGUCAAGAAGGCGUCGUCCGACCAGGACAAUCUAUUCAACAAGGUCCAUGGGAUCGAGGAGGACGCGCGGAAGCAUACUCGCCAGCUCGCGGACGUCGGGCUCGAGGUCAGCAAGAUCCGCUGGGCCUCGUUCGACUACAACAAGGCUUUGACGGAGCUGCGACGCCAAGUUGCGGAUGUCAAGGCGCAUCAGGACUUGACGGCGGAGCAGUAUGCUCACCUCGACGCAGUUGAGCAGAAGCUGGUCGACUUGCUUGAGAAGGGGACACUGGUCUAA